ACCAGUAGGAGUUGUAUGUAGAUGAUUGUCUUUGUGAUAUUCAUCUAGGGAUUACUACUACCUGUGUUACGUUUAUGUGCUAGUAUGAUAUGAUGCUAUGUGCUAGUGACAGUAGGGGGAGAUAGUCCCCGAGAUAUCUGGUCGGUAGGGCCGAAGGGGUAGUCAUAAUCAGCCAUGUUAGAUAGAUUCUGAUAUUGUGAUACAUGUUAUGUGGUAGUAGUAGAGGGGAGAAAUAGUUCCCCAGUAUCCGGUCGAGAGGACCGAAGGGGAGGCCAGCACCCAGAUAUGCUAGGCAGUAUCCGGUCGAGAGGACUGAAGGGGAGGCCAGCACCCAGAUAUGCUAGGCAGUAUCCGGUCGAGAGGACCGAAGGGGAGGCCAGCACCCAAGUAUGCUAGGCAACGUCCGGUCGAGAGGACCGAAAGGGUAGGUCGGGCACCCAGAUAUGCCUGACAGUAUAUGUAUGUUAUGUGAUUAUGGUAUGUGGUACAUUGGGGGAACUCACUAAGCUUUGUGCUUACAGUUUACAGUUUUGGUUUCAGGUACCUCUUCAUCAAAGGGGAAGGAGCUGGCGCGGUAGCGGCACAUCAUGCACACACUGGUUUCCGCAUUUACGAGAUUUCUCUGGGAUUUAUACUCUGAUAUUUCGAUUGGUUGUAUGAUUUGGCUUUUAGACAUGGUUUACGUUGUGAUGUGGUUUGAUCAAACAAUGUUUUUAAUUAUUAAUGUUUUCUAAAGUAAUGUUUUAAAAACGAAAUUUUUGGACGUGAAAGUUGGUUCGUUACAAGUUGGUAUCAGAGCCCUGGUUUGAGGGAUUCGGACACACCUUCGGGGGUGUCUGAACUCAAAUCGAGGGAUUAAAAGAUUUUCCAAAAAGAAAAUGUUUUCUAAAGAUAGAGAAAAGAGUUUUGAGAAAGAACGAAGUGUGUGAUGUGCGCGACCGGCCGAGCUCAAGUAAGUAUUCCCCAAAGUACCCAUACAAGUUUAUGUUAUGUUUAUCAGCUUUUGUAGAACAACAUGCUAGAAUAGGACUAAGGAUCUAGGAGUGAUGCCUUAUGUGCCUGUUUUAUAUGUUUCAGCUGUAUGAGAAAUUGCAUGCUAGUGUUGAGUAGACAGCAAGUAGGAUAGCCUGAUUAGGUUAUGCCUGAUAGUAUGAACUUAGCAUUGUAUGCUAGUACAAGUUCCUGUAAACAUAUAUAGUUGAUUGAGGUUAUUACCCUUGUUUGAAUACUGCUUGCUUCGUGCUUUGUGGGACUCUGAGUAAUGGGAGUUAGCCAGUAGGUGAAUACGUCACGUCACAUGUGAUCAGGGUUGAAUAAUCUUAGAGUGCUGGAUUUGAUCCUAUUGCGCAGCUCUUGUUUGAGUCCAACCGUUGUAGGGACGAGUUUGUUACUCGAAGGAUUAUCUGAGCCUCAUCACAUAUGAUGGUAUUCAGGUAAUGGCUAAUUGGCAUUACAAGGAGGCCUGCAGCAGCUGAGGACUGGAUGGAGUAGAGUCAGAGAUUUCCCUAGGGCAAGCCUAGGAUGAGUAUAGCGGAGGACAACAAUAGUGAAAGAGAUCUGGCGGAGUCGAGGCAGUCCUUGAAGAAGGUACAGAUAGAUAUGGAAGGUAGUAUGGGCCCGUACUACUGAAAGCAGAGGAUCCGUACCCGAACCAAGGAAGGCCAAGAUGAGACCAGGGAACUUGUAGUAGAUGUGAUCCCUCAAAAAGUAUUAGUAUCGCUAAUAAUUGUUAUUUAUGUAUUGCAGAAUGGUGGUACUUCGAUCGAGGCCGAUAGAUGGCGGUUCGGGAGAGGGGUCAGGUUCCGAGCCGGUAGAUGAGGGACUACGCGAGUUUAUCGCAUCAGAGGUCACCAGGGGUAUCCUUGAGUCGACCCCCAUUAUCUUUGGGUCGAUCAAGGAAGGGAUCAUCGAUUUGAUGGAGGAUAGCCUCCGGGCGUUCAGGAGUGACAUGGGAUCUGGCCAGUCGGGAUCUCGCACGCUGUCCUUUAAGGACUUCAGGAGCAGUGGUGCGCCGGAUUUCCACGGGGUGAAAGACCCCAUUGCUGUCAGGCGCUGGAUUGCGGACAUCGAGUCUGCACAGUUGACUAGCUUCUGUCCCGAGGGGUCGAAGGUGAGGUAUGCAGCAGGGUAAUUACGAGACCGAGCUCGAGAUUGGUGGGAGUCAGUGGGUGACUCGUUGGGAGCCUCAGCUAUCGAGGCUAUGACCUGGUCGGACUUUGUAACCAGGUUCAAGGCAGAGUUUGCGCCGGCUGUCGAGCUUCAGCAGCUAGCCACGGAGUUUUUGGACAUGAGACAGACGACGGAGACUGUGGCAGAGAUCACCGCCAAGUUCUGGGAGAGGGCACUGUUUGUGCCCCAGUAUGCAGGCGAUGAGGACAUGAGGAGGACCCGCUAUCAUGACAUGCUCCGGGCUGAUAUCCGGGAGCACGUUAGUUUUUCAGCUUGCCCCACCUGGGACUCCAUGAUUGCUAGGACGAGAGAGAAGGAGAUAGAUUUGGAGCACAUCCGGAAACGGAAGGCAGAGGAGGGACAGUCAGGAGGGGCUUCGGGGAAGAAGCCCAAGGGAUCGGAUUUGGGGCCAAAGGGCCAACAGGGACGGGGCCGCUGCAGGAAAUACGACAAGUCGCACGAGGGGGCAUGCAGGUUGGGAUCAUCAGGCUGCUAUAAGUGCGGCAAGUCUGGGAACUAUAGCAGGGAUUGCACUGCUCCGGCAGCAGUUAUUCAGACGUCUGAGUUGCUGUGUUUCCACUGCAACCAGAGGGGCCACAAGAAGGCCAAUUGCCCCCAGUUGACAGUUUCAGCGUCGGUGAAGGCGCCAGCUCCAGCGACCCUGCAGAUCACAGAUGGCCGGCAGGGCAAGGCAGAGGCUCCAGUGGUGAGGAGCCGGGCAUUUCAGCUGACCGCCGAGGAGGCACGCGCAGCACCCGAUGUGGUGACGGGUACCUCUUCAUCAAAGGGGAAGGAGUAGGCGCGGUAGCGGCACAUCAUGCACACACACUGGUUUCCGCAUUUAUGAGAUUUCUCUGGGAUUUAUACUCUGAUAUUUCGAUUGGUUGUAUGAUUUGGCUUUUAGACAUGGUUUACGUUGUGAUGUGGUUUGAUCAAACAAUGUUUUUAAUUAUUAAUGUUUUCUAAAGUAAUGCUUUAAAAACGAAUUUUUUGGACGUGAAAGUUGGGUCGUUACA